UUACUGAGCGUCCAAGGGCCUGGCACACCCUGGGCACCUUAGCCGUUUUGAAGCGCCGUGACGACUGCGUUAACUCUUUUUUCUGUUCGAAGUUAUUAAAUCACAUUGAGCGCAUGUGAAGCGGAUGGGGCUGAUUGAAAUUAUUUGUCUAUCUUUAAACACAUGAAAGAACUCCCAGUGAAUACUUACGAUUUUUUUGUGGUCAAUCAGCUUCCGUUUCACUUUCUCAAACGGUUCGCUAAAACAUUCGUAUGUUUUGAAAAUAAUUGCACUUUACGAGCAUUAUUUAACUAGAAUUGUACAACAUAAGUGGCCGUCUUAGACGCUGCUGGCGGCAUGGACGCCAACCAAAACUUCCAAAUCAGACCGCCAGCUAAAGAAAAGCUGCGCGCAAGCGUGGUGAAGGAGAUCCUACACACAGUAAUGGUGGAGCAGUUGUCUGAGUAUCGCUACGACGAACACAACGCUGACGAGACCGUCAACUGCCUCGUGGAGAGCAUCAGGGAGCGGCUGUGUAAGGAGCUAUCGGCGCUGCGCUACAAGGUCGUGGUGAACGCCGUCUUGGGAGAGCAACGUGGCGGAGGCGUGAAGAUCGGCGCGCGGUGUCUCUGGGACACCGAUACUGACAACAGCGUGCAUGAUAACUUCUUAUCCGAGACGUUUUUCUGCUCUGCUGUUGUCUUUGGUGCGUACUUCUACUGAAAGUUUCGACAAUGCAAGGUAUCAGUCCCGCCUUCACAUAGCACCUCACCACUGCUAGACUUGCUCUCCAGCAUCACGUUACCACGGUCAUCUUUUCUUCACUAUUGACAUCAUUUUACAUCUGAAUCACGCACGUGCCUUUCCAAUCCAACCGACUUCGUAACUGUGUGCUCUGAAUAUUAAAGUUCAAGGAUAAUCUGCAGUGGUGAUUAAAGUUAAGCACAUAUGAGAUUUUUACAAUACUGUUGUUUACCAAGCGGCUAGUUUAUUUGAGCGAGGUAAUUUUCCUAGCUUAGAUGUAUUUUGUUCUCUGGAGAGCAUUUUAUUUUUUUUGUACCUGGUUUUCAUUAAAUAGAUAAACUAAGAUUAUUUAUUUCAUAGUUUACGUUCAUUAUUGAACGGAUGUGUUGUAUUUAUUUAUUAGCUAUCAUGUUCUAGGUAUGUAUCUACGGAUGCUUGUAUAGGAAUGCCACAACAGAAGUUAUUUUCCAGCAAGCUUAUCUACAUUACAAGUUGGCAUUAUCUCCGUCCAGAUUUGAAUGUAUUUUAAGUAUAUACUUUACUUAUGCAGCUGAUUAAGUUAUUAAAGCUAGUCUUGAAUAAAGUUGACGUAAUAAUGUGCUCAC